AUGAAGUACACCGGCAUCGCUGCUAUGGGAAUGAUGGGCUGUGCCCUCGCCCUGCCCCAGGGUCCUCCUCACUUCAUCGGCUCCCUGCCUCAGAGUCCCCCUCCUUUCGCCAGCGCCCCUAGUGAUGCGCCCACCCUAUCCAGCGGCUUCCCCAGCGGCAUUCCCACGGGCAUUCCCACAGCUAUUCCCACCGGCUUCCCCUUCGACAAGCGCCAGUUCCCAGACGGACCUCCUCCCAGCGGCUUCCCAACUCCCACUGGUCCUCCUCCUUCGGGCUUCCCCAGCGGAAUUCCCAGUGGUUUCCCCACUGAAUUCCCCAGUGGCUUCCCCACUGAGUUCCCUGAGCCCACCGGCCUCCCCUUCGACAAGCGUCAGUUGCACUGGGGACACGGCCACCAGGGCCCUCCCCCCAACGGACCUCCCAGUGGCUUCCCGACUCUCACCGGCCCUCCUUUCUCGGGAUUCCCCACUCCCACCGGUUUCCCUACUGGUUUCCCUACUGGUUUCCCUAGCGGUUUCCCUAGCGGCUUCCCCAGUAGCUUUGAGAAGCGCCAAUUCCCCACAGAGCUCCCCUUCCCCAUCCCUAGUGGAAUUCCGAGUGCCUUCCCCUCCGGUUUCCCCACCGACCUGCCCUUCUCUAUUCCCUUUGAGAAGCUCCAGGAGUUUUCCACUGGCCUUCCCACCCCUACUGGCCCCCCUCUCUCAGCCUCCCCUCAGUAA